GUCUGCCUGUCCUGUGACUGCAGUGUUUGUCGAAUUCACUUUAAGGGCACAAAACUUUCACUUUUGUUUCUCUUGGUCAUGCAGCUAACAACAGGCGGGGUUUUCCGCACACAAAGCUUCAAGCAGAAACCCACUUGGUAACUCAUCGAGGCGUCUUUCUUAAAGAAGUGUCAAAGCACAGGCCAAAUACAUCUGUGACCUGAGGAAGCUACAAACCAUGAGUGACAAAGAACAGGGUCUGCUACCUCUGGCUGCAGAGCAGGCUGCCAUUCUGGCAAAGUGUAGAAAUGCCUUUUGCCAUGCAGUUAUUGAAAAAUUUAAUUGCAUGGCUAUUCUCCACAAUAUAAAAGAGUCUGAAGCCUUAAGUAACACAAGUGGUGUUUUUUGUGCUGAGAAAAGAUAUUUCACAAGGCUGUCCAGUGGAGUGGAGAUAUCAGUCUGGAAAGAUGAUCUUACACAGCAUAAGGUCGAAGCUGUGGUCAAUGCAGCCAAUGAGAAACUACAGCAUGGAGGAGGUCUUGCACAAGCCCUGAGUAUGGCUGGAGGACCACAGAUCCAGCGAUGGAGUGAUGAUAUUAUAAAACGAUAUGGAUACGUGAAAACUGGUGAGGCUGUUCUUACUCCUGCUGGAAAUCUCCCAUUUAAAUAUAUCAUACAUGCUGUGGGUCCCAAAGUGCCUCAAAAUCCAACCCAGAAAGAGAUUGGAGAUGCUACACCGUUGUUAUAUAAUGCUAUUACUAGUAUCCUACAAACCGUUCUUCGUGAAAACAUAACUUCUGUUGCAAUUCCUGCUCUGAGUUCUGGACUUUUCAAUUUUCCAAGAGAUCGCUGUGCAGACAUUAUUGUGAAGGCUAUAAAGACAUUCCAUGAUCAUGGAGGGUUCCAGGGCAGGAAUUUAGAAAUCCAUCUCGUCAAUAACGAUGAACCCUCAGUUCAAGAAAUGGAGAGAGCCACUAGGGCAAUUUUUGAUCCACCAAGCACCUCUAGAUUGUACAGUGGGGCUGUGAAAGACAGCAGCCAGAGCAUGACCUCCUCUACAAGCCAAAGCUUGCAGUUUGAGAACAUAAUCCUGUACCUUAAAAGAGGGGCUAUUGAAGAUGAAAUGGUUGACGUACUUGUAAAUACCAUUGCACCAGAUUGUAAAUUGCACCAGGGGGUGAUUUCAAGAGCAAUUUUGAAGAAAGCUGGCGACGAGAUUCAAAAUGAGAUUUACAAAAAGAAAAGCAAUACCUCAUUUUACAGUUCAAAAGUUCUUUACAAGACAAAAGGAUAUAAUCUGUAUUGCAAAUCUGUUUUCCAUACUGUUUGUGCACAUAGAUCUGAUUCUAAAUCCAAAGAGAUUCUUUUCAAUGUGGUGUUGGAAUCUCUGAAGAAAGCUGCUGAGGAUUAUGAGUCUAUCUCUUUCCCAGCUAUUGGCACUGGUAAUCUGGACUUCAAAAAAUGGGAGGUUGCCAAAAUCAUGAUGGAUGCUGUGGCAGAAUUUGCCAAACAGAAUAAAAGGAAGAAACUGGAUGUAUACUUUGUUGUUUUUCCAAAAGACAAUGACAUGAUGAAGGCUUUUGAAAAUGAGAUGAAAAAGAGGAAAGGACAGGCAACGUCACCAGAAGUACAACACAGGCAAAAUUACAAUGUGGCAACCAAAGAAACCACAACAAAUGAAAUGCCAUCUGUUAUGUUUCAAAGUGCUACAAAGUGCAAUGAAUCUUUGAGAGAAGCAAAAGGGUGGGCUUGUAAUAUGCUACAGCUUUCUGGAAAGAGCACAAUUAAUAACAACCAUGUGAUAUAUCUUGGCCAAAAAGAACAUGAGUUCCUGCUCACUCUCCAAGCAGUUUUUGAUGUUCGCAUUGAAGAGUUCUUCAGGAGUGGGAAUGGUGGCAUAACCAUCACUGGAAGUCCCUCAGGUGUCAGCUGUGCAGCGAUUGAGGUGGAGUCCAUGCUUUGUAAGGCUCAGAACGAUUUUGCUCGAGCUGAAGAACGUGACAUUCUCUAUUCCGUGGUUCGCUGGAGCUGUAAAGAAGAGCCUUGGAUACAAACACCUGAAAUAAGUGGGAUUUUGGAGAAAGCUUUUUUGGCUGGGGAAGAAAACCAUGUGUUCAAAAACCACAAAGUCAGCUUGAAGUAUGAGCUUAUUGUUGACAAUACUGGAAAAACAAGCAGUGUGAAAAGGAAAUGCCUGUUGGAUCCUUUCCAGUCUCUUAACAAUUCAUUUUAUGCAAGAAAUCCUGUGACCAAAAAUUAUUUUUUGGAAAUAGAAGGAAGGAAAGCCUCCACUGCCUUCAGGCUCUCUAUCAUAAAGGUGGAGAAGCUAGAGAACAUCGUGCUGAAACAGCUAUUUGACAAGAAUAGGCAGAGAAUAAAAUGCCAACCAAAGCGCCUCUACCAGUGUGUGUCUGCUCAAUAUGUUGAUCUCAUCUGCAGAGUUGGCUUUCAGAAGGAGUUUGCCCCUCCUGCAGAACAAAGGCAUGGCAAUGGAAUUUACUUCAGCACUUCAGUGGAGGGAGCCCUGAAGCUGUGGAGGAAUCUGGAGCAUGAACAGUAUGUCUACAUUAUUCAGGCACAGGUCCUCACCGGGAACUCUGCGAUUGGUUCUCCAGAUUUCAUUUUGCCCCCAUCCUUAAAGGGAGACCCCUUGGAGCGUUAUGAUAGCUUGUCUGACAUGGGAGAAACAUACGUCAUCUUCAGCGUUCAACAAGCUCUUCCAGAAUACCUGGUCAUAUGUGCCAAAUCAAGCUCUGUUUAGAUGCUCACCUUUUUGAUUUGAAAUAACAUUUUUUCAUAUUUAGAAAUUAAAAAUAAAAGAUUUUUGCAAUCAUUAGUCACAUAUCACUUGGUGAGUUAUAAUAUACAUUUAAUCUCAUUUACUCUACAGGUCAAAGGUUGGGGCUCAGUAUAAUUUCUUUUUAAAAUUAUUAUUAUUAGCAAAUAAAUUACAGUUUUAAAAUUAUAUUCCAUGAUCAAACAUGACAGUAAAGACAAUUCAUUUUACAGAUUACAGUUUUCAGCAUUGAUGAUAAUGAGAUGUUUUUGAGACACAAAAUAUACAUAUUAGUAUGACUUAUGAAGGAUCAUGUAAAGUUAGUUUUGACAUUACAAGAAUAAAUUACAUUUAAGAUAUAUCAAAAUGCAAAACAUUAACAAUUGACAAAUUUUCAAUUUACAAUUUAAGAUUGCAUUAUUUUAUACAAAAAAUAAUUAAAAAAUAACUCUUUCAAAUGCAUCGAUUUCAGACUUCAAAUUUUUUAAUAGUAGUGUACAAUUUUUAUUAUUAUUAAGUAAUUUGUAAAUAUUGGUGUAAAAUGAAAAUAAUCAUUGAUCAUAACAGAAUAAGGGUAAAUAGUUUAGCUUAUAGGUUUAUGAUUUAAAAGUAUGCUUAAAUUCAUUUAUCAGUUAAUAGAAUACAAACAGUCUGGGACCGUUUAUUUUAUGAGAAAUCAAGAUCUUCAUAUUCAAUGUGAUUUGCACAGCUGAAUAAUAUGGAAUGCUUUGACAUAAAUAAAAAAAUGCCAAAUUCCAACCAA